AUGGAGAUCUGUGACAAAGGUGAGAUGAUGCUAAAGACAUGGUAUUUUUUCCAGCUGUGUUGCCUGUCCUUGAGGCUUGAGGCUAAUUCUGGUCUUAAAGUGAGGAUUACUCAGAAGGGGCUGAACUAUGGGAGGAGGAUUGGGAUGGAGCUCCUGAAACCAGCAGUAUUGAAAGAGACUUUCCCAAGCAGGAGUAGGCAGGAGAAUUUCUCAGUUGUUAAGGUCAACUAUGUCAUUUCAAGGCUCGGAAUUACUGCUGUAGAUUUCCCAGAAACUUCUGCUUCCUUUAUUCCAGGCACUAGCAUUUAUCUGUCAGUGGCACAGGCUUCUGCUACAAUCAGUGCAGACUGGAGAAUACACCCAGGGCUACUUUAAGUAUUUAAAGACAGAGGAGAAAUUGCUGUGUCCAUCUCAGGACUGUUCAUGGCAGUUUUCUUGGAAGUGUCAGAGGAUAGCACAGGCCACUUGUCCAUGUUGCUACACAGUUGCCAGCUGAGCACUGAUAGUGUAAAAGUCAAGUUUCAAUCCAUAGUAAGAAAGCCACGGUGUCCAUUUCCUUUCCUCCAGCUGGAUAAAAAUCUAUGCCUAAAUAUCAAAUACAAAAUCCAAUUGAUGGAUGCACUGCUUAGAAAGCAUGAGGUUUUAAGUCAGAUUGAUGCCUUUGCACAAGUAGACUAUUCCCUACUUAGCCCUCCAGAAGUCCUCAAAUCACACAUUAACUUGGAUUUGAAGGACACAGUCUAUCCAGUAGGAGAUCACAUAGACCCUCCCUUUGUGCCAGCUCCAUUUGCUCUCCCAAAGCAGGGUGAUUCCAUGAUAUAUCUGGGAGUCUCCAAUUAUCUUCUUAAAUCUGCUUCACUGGCUGACUACAGAGCAGCCUUUAACAUCACUAUCUCCCAAGAGCUUAAUAGUACUUUUCAUCUAAACACUUCCCUAUCCAGACGUUUUAUUUCUGAGAUUGCUCAGAGUUGCGCAGCAGUGGACCCAGUGCUGCUGAGGCUGAUGGCUACAUCACCUCCUGAAGUCAGUUUAAAUGCAGACAGAUGUGUCCUACAGAUCACCAGCUGUGUAGAAGUGUUUGCUGUUCUGCCAAAUUCAACCACCCAGUACAUCAUUGCAGGGAAUCUAACAGCCAGUACCAGAGCCAAUUUGAGUAUAAGCAAACAGAAGUUGAUUAUCUCAUUACUUCUGAAGAGGUUCCAGUUCUCCCUGCUGCACCCCAGUCUUUGCUUCCCUGAUCAGAAGUCACUGUUGGGAAAUUUUCUGUCUUAAGCUUCACAGAGAAUAGUGAUUCCAGUAAUCAAUGAUAAACUAGGAAAAGGAUUUCCUCUUCUUAGUUUGGCCCACACUAGCCUGACUGGACCUGUAAUAAAAAUUAAUCAGGUGAGAAGCUGAAUUUCUUCUUACAGAAUAUUGCUUCUGUUUCAGGCCUGUGAAUUUGUGUGUUUUCCGGUGGUGGGUAGAUCUAAAUGUUGUCAAUAGUAAAGCUGUCACUACAUCAGAUAUAACAUGCAAUCUCUGAGCCCAAAAUGAGCCCCUCCACCCCUAGCAGUUGUAGGUUGUAAAGGGUCCACCAGCUGUUUGGGGUGCCAGUAUGGGAACAUGACAAGUACAGCACUGCUAUCCCCAGCAGGGCUUAGGAGCAUUGAGUGUCUGAGGCCUCAUUACUCUGACCAUUCUCUAAGAAGGCUCAUGGGCAGAAUGUCUCUGUGGUAAGUGUUGCUCAGUCUUUUGGAGAGUUGUAUUAACCAAAUCACAGCCCAUUCCUACCCUAAAGAUAACUAAAGUUUAGGAGGCACAAAGCCACUCUUGCUUCCUGCCCUGCUGAGGGUCUUACCGUGGAAACAAGUCCCAGGGUACUGUACCUGAAUAUACCCACCCGAAUUUAGGUAAUUUUAUAUGUUUUUCUUUCUUUAGGGUCAUCUGGUUAUUUGCACUGAUGUUCACUAUCAACAGGAGGAUGAGCCUUCACAGCCAUUGCUGAUGUCCUUUACAUUUAAAGAACAAUAAGAGAAAAAUUUAGCCUUCCUUCUAUUGUCUUAUAGGCAGUAAAUGUUAUAACAUUAGACACAUGGCUUUUCAUCACUAUUUUUAAUGUUUUACUAGAAACUUCUUAAGCACUUUUCACAAAGCAAAUCUGUUGUUUUUAAGUUCAGUGAGUGUAGCUAAUUGUAAUUGAUGCUUUGAAAAACUUGCUGCAGCAUGAUGAGGAGUGACAGGUUCUUUUCACUAGAGUUGUAGACAAUACAUUUUCUUAAUAUUAAGAGCCAGUUUUUGCAUAAUUCAACUUAUCUCCCUUAGUGGUAGCAAAACUGUGUGUGGAGUGAGACCUUAUCCUUUGUAAGAAUUUAACAAUUUGUCCCUUUGUAACUGGACACCAAUAGGUGGGAACAGAUCUAUAAAGCUCAGUGAAUUCCCAUGUAAUUACAGAAUCAUAUCAUCUAGUCCAGACAGGCUGAAAACAGGACUAAUUAGAUGAGGUUAUUGAGCAUGGUGUCAAAUUGAGUCUUGAACCCGUCCAAGGACAAAGAUUCUUCAAUCUCUCAGGACAAUCUGUUUCACUAUUUAAUUACAUUUAGAGUAAAUUUUUCUCCCUAGUACCUAAUCAGUAUUUUCCAUUUUCCAGCAUGAUCUGUGUCCUUUUGUACUUUCACCACACUUCCAAGAAGAGUCUGUCUCCAUUUUCUCUGUAGUCUCUUUACAAAAUUUGCAGGCAACAAAAUGGCCUUUCAAGCCCUCUCUUCUCUAAAGUGAACAGCCUUAUCUCUCCUUGUAGUUCAUCUUCUCCAGCCCCCUUGGUGGCACCUGCUGGUGCAGGCCAGAAGACAAGCCUUGCUAGUAAAAGUGGCCUUUUCUAUGUCUUUUGUCACUGGUCUCCCAUCCUACUGAGCAAUAUGCCCACAUUCAUCUUCUGCUGUCAGUGUACUUACAGAAACCUUUCCCACUGCCCUUCAGCUCCAGCUGAACUUUGGCUUUCCUGGUUUCAUUCCUAUGUGUGCAAACAAGAUACUUGUGUUCCUUCCAAAUAGCUGGUCUCAGUUUCCAUCUUCUGUAUGCUUUUUUUUUUGUGUUUAGGUUCACUCAGGAGCUCCAUGUUCUCCAUGCUGGCUUUCUGCCACAGUUGCUCAACUGUCUGAACAUUCUAAUGGCAGUUCUUAUGCUCUGAGGAGGCUGCCCUUGAAGAUUAGCCAGCUCUUCUGGGCCUCUGCUAUCCAGGGCAACUUCCCACAGAUCCUGCCAAGCAGGUCUCAUCUGAAGUCUAUGGCUGUAAUUCUGUUCUUUGUCUUGUUGCUUCUCCCAGCAUCUGAAACCCGACAAUCUCAUGCUCACUGCAGCCAAGGCUGUAUUUGGCCUCUCUGUCAUAGAGAAGUUGUCUGAUUGUGAGUAGCUGCAGCUCUUCAAGGGUAUCAGUCUCCAAAUAAUUCCAUACCUCUAAUAUUUGUAAAAUGGAAGCUGUAAAAUUUUUAUUUUUACCAGUGUCAACAAAGACAUUCAGCCAAGAGACAUUAAAAGUGUCUCUUGGAAUGGAAAGGAAAACUACAAAUGUCACACUACAGAAAGUUCAGUUCAGGAUAGAAACAUGGCUUGUGUAGUUUGAGCUGAAUCAGUUUAUUUAUCCAGCUGUCUGAUAGAAUACUAAAAAAAGGAUCCUGAAACCAAAUAGCAGUAAAUCAUAGCAGGGCUUCCAAUUCUUUGUCUUCUUUGGUAGGUGAAGAGUGACUAGAAAAAGAAUGAAAGAAGAAGAACUCGAAAGAAAUAGAGAUUUUCAAUUAGAUUGGUGUCC